AUGAACAUAAAAAAUUUCUAUGAGCCAAUUUUUCAAGACGAAAAAGCAGCAAUAAAUUUUUUAAAAUCUAUUGACUUUUUCGGGCGCACAAUAAGAUGUGUAUGUGGUGUCUACACAAAGCGGGUGAAAAGUAUGCUUUUUAAAAAAGGAAUUUGUUUUUACUGUGCAAAUGGCUGCUACAAAAGACAGAGCAUUUAUACAGGAACAAUCCGUCAAAAAUUUUGUCUACCUGCUUUCAUCCAAUUAAGAAUAAUAUAUUGUUGGGUUAUGGGUAUGAGUAACAGCAUGGCAUGCGUUACUUGCGAGAUUUCUGAAUUAACAUAUACUUCUUAUAAGGAUGAAAUUUUUAAAAAAAUAAAAAACGAAGUAGACAACUACUUCGGUAAAAUAGGAGGACCCGGGAAGUUCAUUCAAGUAGAUUAA